UUGCAUAACAACAGGUUCUUAGGUGUCUUUAUUCUUUUUAAGCUCAAAUUUUUAAUUGAUAUGGAUACUGCGCAUAUGUCUAAAUAAUCCUAAUCUGCCUACAGGCUGCUUAGGCGCCUGUUCCAUAUCGCGGUCACAACAAAUUACCGUUCUGACAUUGCGACUGAUUAGUUUCCUAUCGUGUGAAAUAAGUAUAAAGAUGCUAUUGGACUAGUGGGGUACGAAUUGACGUAUCGGAAACACGUCGCUGUAACGCCGCAGUGGCCGGAACGCAUCUCAGUGUGUCCGUAGAGACCGCGCGCGACAACCUACCAACCAAAAACAUGCGCAAGUCGUGCGCCAAAAUCUGAAUUCCAUUUUCGAUUAUUGACGUUUUAGUUAUUUUUUGUUUCUUUUUUAAAACCAGAUUCAGAAUGUGGAAGUGUUUAUUUAAUUUAGUGAUUGUGACUUUGACUUUCACUUGUUCUGAGGGUGAUGUCGUGCGGGAUGCAAGAGAGGUCUCUUCGAAGAACAUUUUCGGUGGACUGUGGGGCAACCGGCCCCCACUGUUGGAAGUCAACCAGCCGAGGACAGCAUGCUCGUGUAAGUGUGGGGAAAGGAAUGAGGUGUCUCGUAUAGUCGGUGGCGACGAGGCUGGCGUCAACGAGUUCCCGUGGAUGGCGCGCCUCUCUUAUAUCAAACGGUUCUACUGUGGAGGCAUGCUGAUCAACGACAGAUAUGUGCUGACUGCUGCUCAUUGUGUUAAAGGAUUCAUGUGGUUCAUGAUAAAGGUGACAUUCGGCGAGCACAACCGCUGCAACGCCACGGAGAAGCCCGAGACCCGCUUCGUGUUGCGAGCCAUCGCCAACAAGUUCACCCUCACCAACUUCGACAACGACAUAGCUCUGCUACGCCUUAACGAACGCGUUCCAUUCUCUGAAACCAUCUCGCCGAUCUGUUUGCCUACUGAUAGCAGCAACCUAUACGUGGGAGUAAAGGCUGUCGCGUCGGGCUGGGGCACCCUGAACGAGGCGGGCAAGGUGUCGUGCACGCUGCAGGAGGUGGAGGUGCCCGUCAUCAGCAACCAGGAGUGCCGCGACACCAAGUACACCGCCUCCAUGAUCACCGACAACAUGCUCUGCGCCGGGUAUCCUAAGACCGGACAGAAGGAUUCUUGCCAGGGUGACAGCGGUGGUCCACUUAUAGCCGAGAGAAAGUUCGACAAACGCUACGAAUUAAUCGGCGUGGUGUCGUGGGGCAACGGCUGCGCGCGCGCCGGCUACCCCGGAGUGUACGCGCGCGUCACCAACUACCUCGACUGGAUCCGGGACAACACGCAGGACGGCUGCUACUGCACCGGAUGUUUGUUAUAUGAAACUAUUAUAAUGUGGUUGUGUUAUGUAUUCUUCUUUCUAUGUGUUACGUGUUGUUCUCCGCACUCUUUUCAAACGGAGGACCUUUCGAUAUCUGAAGAUUCGUUCCGGUCGCCUGCGCAGACCGCUAGAACAGAAUUACCACCAUGCCAAGACUGCGGUUGUGGGGAGCGCAAUGAGGAGGGCCGUGUGGUUGGCGGGCUGGGAUCCAAUGUGAACGCGUUCCCGUGGCUGGGUCGGCUCAUCUACUACAAGUCGUUCGGAUGUGCCGCUUCCCUUAUCAACGACAAGUUCGUCAUUUCAGCUGCUCAUUGUAUGAAAGGUUUCAUGUGGUUCAUGUUCCGAGUAAAGUUCGGUGAACACGACCGCUGCGACAAGACGCAGAAUCCAGAAAUGCGAUACGUGGUGAAGAUGAUAGUACACGACUUCUCUCUGUCUGACCUCCAGAAUGAUAUAGCACUGUUGAUGCUUAGCAAGCCGCUAGAGUAUUCACACGCCAUCAGGCCGGUGUGCCUGCCUAAGAGUGACGACAAAGCAUACACGGGGGCAACAGCAGUGGUAGCUGGGUGGGGCGCCACCAAUGAGACCGGCAAAUGGUCUUGUACUUUACGAGAAGCUGAGCUACCGGUGCUCAGUAAUGAGGCAUGUCGCAACACCAAUUACAAUGAGUCCAAGAUUAAGGACGUCAUGAUGUGUGCUGGCUUCCCUGAGACCGCUCAUAAAGACGCCUGCACUGGUGACAGUGGCGGUCCGUUGGUUGCUGAAAAUGAUGAUCACAUGUAUGACUUAAUAGGAAUUGUAUCAUGGGGAUACGGAUGUGCAAGGAAAGGCUACCCGGGAGUGUACACGAGAGUCACGAAAUAUUUGGACUGGAUAAGAGACAAUACAAGGGAAGGCUGUUACUGCAAGCAAAUCAAGAAGAGCGCAACCACUAUCGAGAAAGUGAGAGCAGAAAAUGAUACAGAAAUUCCAAAAAACUCCGAAUUUGUAGACGGGGGAUAUGGACGAAAGUGUGACUGUCGUUGUGGGGAGAGGAACGAGGCAUCCCGCAUAGUAGGUGGAGUGGAGACCGCUGUUAACGAGUUCCCCUGGGUGGCGCGCCUGUCUUACCACAACAAGUUCUACUGCGGGGGAUCGCUCAUCAAUGACCGCUAUGUGCUGACUGCUGCCCAUUGUGUUAAGACGUUCAUGUGGUUCAUGAUAAAAGUCACAUUGGGCGAGCACGACCGCUGCAACAAGACGCACCGGCCGGUGACGCACUUCGUGGUACAAGUCCUCGCUCACAACUUCUCCUUCUCAGACUUCAAGGAUGACAUAGCGCUGCUCAAAUUGAACAAGAUGGUGGCCGUCACGGAUAGUGUGAAGCCCGUGUGCUUGCCUCGGAAUGAUGAUUCCACAUAUACUGGAGUAAAAGCCGUGGCCGCAGGCUGGGGCACGGUGUCUGAGGGUAAAAACCAGUCCUGCUACCUACAAGAAGUGGAACUGCCUGUGCUGAGCAACCAAGCCUGCAAGGAGGCCAAGUACACACCGUCCAUGAUUGGAGACGGUAUGCUUUGUGCAGGGUAUCCUGAUGUUGGGAAGAAGGAUACUUGUCAGGGGGACAGCGGUGGACCUUUAUCAGCUGAGAGAAGUGACAAACGACAUGAACAAUUAGGUGUAGUAUCCUGGGGCAUUGGCUGCGGUCGUCCGGGAUACCCUGGAGUUUAUACCCGGGUCACGAAGUACUUGUCCUGGAUAAGAAGCAAUGCCAAAUUUGGAUGCUUUUGUUCUAUUUAAA